GGGGUUUAUCUUAUUAUUUAUUCUUUGCUGUGACGAGCGGUGAAUUUAAUUUGGCAGAUUUUUGCGUCAUCGGCAAAAUAGAAGAUGAAAAUAUUUAUUUAUAUUCCGAUACGAUUCAUAUUUAUUUAUUUCAUGUUCAUUAGGAAUAAAGCACCACUUGACUUGACGUUUCGGGCAACAUUGGAUUACGUGUUGCGCUUCAAAUGAACACGAUAGAUUACGUCAAGUCACACAAUGUCAGUAGAUUUAUAACUAUCAGUUCCAAAUCCUUCCCUUGUGAAACAUCUGAUAUCCUAGUCGAAUAUUUAUAUAUGUUCAUUGGAAAAAUAAAUCAUCGAGUGAUAUAUAUUGCGUACUUAAAUAUUUUGACGUUUGUAAAAUUGAUCUUGCAUUAUAAUGAGGCCUAGCCAAAGAAGACAACAAGGCCUGCAGUAUGGAAUAUUUUUGCUAUGCAUGCAGAUUUUUAAUUUUGGACUUGAUAAAAUACCACCUGCCACUUUAAUUGGAGUUAUUGUACAGUCUUUGCUGUACAUUGGAUUGAUACGAGUGCCAUGGAACGCUGAGGAAGUAUGCAUAUCAGCAGUAAAAAUAAUCAAAUACAGAGACUGGCGAUCGUUUUUUCUCUCAAAUUUUGAACAUGGAUCUGAUAUGCAUCUGUAUUAUAAUAUGUUCUCUUUCAUUCUAAAAGGAUCGUAUUUAGAACCCAUCUAUGGGACAACAAACUUUGUACUGUUGCUUGUUAUACUUUCCACUGGAUGUAGCAUUAUGUAUGUAUCCAUAGGAUAUAUGCUGAUGCAAUUAACAGGAGAUUACGGAUACUUCACAACUUGUGCUAUUGGCUUCUCCUCAACGUUAUUUGCAUUAAAAGUAAUUGUAUUGUGCGAAGAACGUGAUCGAUUGCGCAAUGUCAGUGGAUUUGUAGUACCGAGUAAACUAUCUGUGUGGGUUGAGUUGAUAUUGAUACAUCUCUUAGUUCCGAAUACUUCCUUUGCGGGACAUUUGGGUGGUAUCUUAGUUGGGUGUUUAUAUUCUUACACAUUUAUCGGAGAAUUAAUUGAUAAUUUGAUACAUAUGAUAACUGGUAGACCCAUUAUACAUGAAGAAGAUUUUUAUAGAAAACGAAAUACGUUAUUUACCUGACACAUUUUAUAAAUAUUUGAUAUUUGUAAUAAAAAUAUAUAUUAGAAUA